CCGGGGGCGGAGGCAGGCGGGACGGGGCGUCCCAUUUCCUCCGGCCGCCGGGAGCCUCCGCCGGGACGGGACGGCGAGCCGAGGGGCUGCGGGCACUGAGGCACCAUCCAAGCAUGCUUGUGGAGCCCUUUGGCUGCUUACAGGAGCUGAACAUAUCCCAAGGGGCCUUCAAGCAGAGGGAGCAGCACAGGAGCAGCCUGCCCAGGAGCCAAUAUGGAGCAGAAGAUCAGCUCUUUCUUUAAUUCCAUCUUGGAGCUCAUCCGUACCAAGCAUGAGGAAGGUGUCUUCAACACUGUCUGCCUGGCUGUGCUGAUGGGUCUGCCCUUUGUUGUCCUCAUUGCUUUCAUUUUCAUCUGCUGUCACUGCUGCUUCUGCAGCCGGAGGAGAGAAAGCAGGAAGAAAGGUAGCACCGGCAGCAAUGGGCAGCUGCAUGCUGAGAGGAACAAGAAGAAAAAGAAGAAGAAGAAGGAUGAAGAGGACCUGUGGAUCUCUGCUCAGCCCAAGCUGCUUUUGCUAGACAAGAGACCGUCCUUGCCCAUCUAGUGGACAGUAGGGUGUUCAGGCCCUCCCCUCUGAGAUGCCACCAGUCCCUUCAGCUGUGCGCUAUGAGGGGUGAGGAGAUGCCAAAGCUGCUGCCACUUUGUGGUGACUUUCAAAAGAGGCUGAGCCCAGCAGCUAAACAGCAUGUUGAAGGGCCAGCAGAGAGCAAAGCAGUUGGGCACAGGUUUAUGCAAACACCUCCUCCCCCACCAUGACAGCAUGCCCAAGGGCAGAAACCCCUGCAAAGGACAGGCAUGUACACGGACAUGUGCCCCGCUGAGCAUGCAAGGGUGACUUGCCACCAGCCAUACAUACCUCCUGCAACGAGCACAACGCACGCGCACCAGGCUGGCAUGCAGCGAACUGGGUGCAAGGCUCUCCCUCUGCACUCAUGCGCAAGCACAGGCACCAUCGCACGGACGAGGGUGCACAGAACCAUGUGCACUCAAAAGUCUGAGCCACCUGCGUGCUCCCCCUGCACAAACAUGGAUGGCAGCAUGCGAAGCAAGCACAGGCACAACUCAUUUGCCUGCCCUGCGGCAGAGAUGGCACGACUUGACUGUUUAGGCUCCAUCCAAACCCAGCUCACAUUAAAGAGGCAAAAAAAGCCAAGUGCAGUUACCCCACACCUCAGAGCUGUGCCAUCUCCCUGGCCGCCAAACCAAAGGUGGCUGAGAGCAUCUGAAGACAGAUGUCCUCAGCCCAACCUUAGAGACCUUAAGAUGCCAUCUUAAGCAGCUAAGCAGAAGGGCGCAUUGCCACCCAGGCUAGAGGCAGGGAGGGGAGAGGAGGCUGCAAGACCAGACCUUUUGCACCAGCACUUAAAAGAAUAUCUUCCUUGAAAGACUGUUUUAUACAGACUUGCCUUUAGAGAGCCCACCACACUACUGCAAGAGCAGAAAUGCAAGCUGAGGCUGUGUAAAGCCUCUUGGCUAUGGGCAUUAGAGUUAUUUAAUGAAUGACUACUAAAGAAGAGCAGGACCAAAGGCCCCUCUGUUGUGGGGCUAGGCACACCGAAGCAGUAUUGAAGCAGCAGACAUGCUUUUCCGGCACACUCAGCAGUCCUCUCUCCCUGCAGCCCUUGCGCCGUGCAUUAGACACACAGACCCAUGAACACGCGCUGAUGCCACGCGGGCAGCUCUGUAUGCCAUGCAGAGGACUUCUAUAUGGCCAUCAAACCAUCCAGCUCUGGGAUUUAGGAUAUGCUGUAGGAGCAGAGGGAAGUAAAGUUCAUGCCCACAGUCAUCCCUUACCCAGGGAUGCAUCACACAGCUGGACCCCGCUCCAUCCUCAUCUCCCUUGGACGUGUGAUGGCUUGGACAGGCACAGCAGCUAACAAGACCACAUACGGCUCUCCCCCUGCUCUGGUUUUGACCCUCUGCUCACCCUAUGCCCCACGCCUGCAUGCCCAGCCUACCUCCUGAGGAGCUGGGGGCCUCCUCCACCCCCAGCUGUCUGCCCUGCCAGGCUCUGUCUCCCCCAGCCUUUUCUGCCAGCGAAGGAUACACAAGUGUGAUGAGAAGCCCCAUCACAUCUGGGUUUUGCCCUGUGUCUGUUUACUGGAUGUUUUCCUCCCACUUUCUUCUACUACUUAAGCUGCUGGAGCAGACCGGAGCUGCCAGCCAGAGCCAGACAUCUGGGGGGAUAAACAGCCAAACCCACGUGGGCAAGCCUGGACGGAGCUGAUGGACACAACCGCUUCCAGCCCAGGCAAGGGUGAUGCAGCCUUUCCGCAGCUCCCAGGGCACACACUGGCAGGGGUGGGGCAAAGCCACCAGUUAGACAUUGCCACUGGUGCCACCCAGUCCCAGCGCAGCCUGUUUUGUCUGACUUGGACAGGGCAGUGAUGUUAACAUCACAUCACGGGGUUUGGCUGCGUGCGGCUGUGCUGGUAACAGCCAGGAGGCCAGGCUCCUCCUCACACAGCCCUUUAAAUUGACCCCAUAUGUGCCUUAUUUUUCCAGCUUGCUUUGUUAGCACUCAAAUACGUGACUCCUCCUCCAAAACAGGAAGCAACGUAUAAUACUAUAAAAAAAAAAAAACAAUCAGGAUUUGCCGCACCUAAUCCUAGAGAGAAACAUGCAGGAAUAGGUUUGAUCUCUGCCCCAAACCUCCAGUUCAGCCAGGACCUUGGAGAAGCAGCACUGCACUUGUAUUAUUCCUUCCUCCUUCCCUCAUUUUCCCCCAUCCAGGUACUUUUCCCAGCCCUCCUGCCUCCAAGCUCACCAGGUGGGCAAAGCAGCCACCUCCCGCAGGCAGAAGAGCUGCCCAUGCAGGUGCUCUUGCUGCAAUCCAGAAGCACCAACAGCCCCUGAGGAAGGGUGGUACUGCCUGGAGGGGAAAAAAAAAAAAUAAAAAAAUCGGAGUAAAGGGAAACGUGAUGGGAGGCCACAGCUUACCUGAACAAGCAGGGGCAUGGAUGGAGGUAGCCAGCUCCAGCAGAGUACAGCCUACCUGGUGUGGAGCCGUCAGGCUUUGCAUGGCUCCCUGCAAGUAGAUCCUUCUCCAGAAGGGUUAGCAAGUAACAUUUCAGGUGAGGGCAACUGAUUCUUAUAAGAACCAGAGAUCUGUCAAGAUAAUGUCUCUGUUGUGUCACAUACAACGUCUCCAGUCCAGGCUUUUGGGAGUUCAGAGCCAGGUCUGAAUUUCAAGAACUCCCCAAAAAUCAUCAUUCAAACCACACCUAGGCUGGGCAAGGAGGGACCAGGAUACAACCCUGCCCUGAUUCAUCCGACCAGUGGAUGGUUCAAGCACCUACACCCCAUAAAGGACAGGGGCUGACUUGCUCAAGGGCUGCUGUUUUAGCCAAACCAUCCACUGAAUCAGCUGCUUCUUAAGACAAAAGCAAAAGAGCAGCAACAGCCUGAGGCGCACCAGGACCCAGCAGCCAGGCAGCAGCAACCCCGCAGCACCCGCACUCGACAAGGCAGCAGGAGAUGCGUGGUACAGAAGCUCCGCUGCAUGGGCCCUUGCUCUCCAGACACCUCUGCGCUGCCUCCCCACAACUGCAUUUCAGUAUCAACCUUUUAUUUGCCUAAACAGUCUAUGCAACGGGGGGGGUGGGGGGGUGGGAUUUGAAAUGUUUCUUUUUUAAAACAAAAAUAAAUUACUCUCAAACUGCAAACAAA